ACAGUGAAGUGAUUUUUCCAGAGGAACUUUUCAGGUACACAGCGGUUGGGAUAGAUGUGUGUAACAGAGACGAUGAUCUUUAUAUAGAUCUGAUAUAGAUCUCCGUCUUACCAGGAAAACCUCUUCAGGCCAUUCUCCGCAUCGUGUUUGCUGUAUUCAGUUUGGGAUGUUUUUGGUCCGCUGCCCUGCUGGCGACACGACUUACUGAAGUGUUUGGACUUCAUCCUACAGCUGCAGUGCUUUCUGACGGUCAUGCUCUUUUUCUAUAGGAAAUAAAGAAUUUACAAACGUGCGGAGAUCUGAAACGUUUCAGCACUUGGACAGCGCAUGAAAAGCAUAACAGUUCUCAUCUGACAUCCAGAGAUUGAUCAGUCACUCCAUGGGGAUUCUCCGGGGCGUUUCAUCUGGUUUCUCCUGCCCUGCACCCCUCAGCCCGUCCUCCACCCUCUACACCACCGCCUCUAUACGAAUCAUGAAACUGGUAUUAACUGAAUGGCUAAUGAUAUGGAUUUUUACAGUUUCCAGUAGACAGUAAACACACACCACACACACAUACCACAAACACACACUCACUUACACACACACCACACACACACACACACACACACACACACACACACACACACACACACACACACACACACACACACACACACACACACACAUGAUAAACUCAUAUACAUCACAACUGAAAUCACGUGACACAACUUCUGCAAGCGUCCUUCAUCAUAUGGUGCGUUGUGGAGUUUUCACUGCGUUCAUCACGGCGGAGCACCUUAAUAGCCUGACGUUGGCUGCUGUUGGCUUUAUUCCUAGUUUUUUGUUUUCUGCGUUUGUUCGUGCCUCCGUGGAGUCGGGUUUGAGUGCAUGUUGAGGUCGCCGAUGGCCCCGCAAAACACAGAUGCGGAUGCCGUGCAGCUGCAGGCCGUUGCGGUGGAGUCUGCGGAGAAACACGGUGGAGGCGGAGCUAAUGGAGGAGGAGGAGCUCGGGGGCGGGAUGUUGAAGGUCAGGAUGAGUCCGUGAGCGAGGGAUCUAUUGAUCGCAUCCCGCUGCGACAGUGGAUCAUGCAUGGCGCUGUCAUGUUUGGACGAGAGUUCUGCUACGCCAUGGAGACGGCGCUCGUCACACCUGUGCUGCUACAGAUAGGUCUUCCAGAACAAUACUACAGUCUGACGUGGUUCCUCAGUCCCAUCCUGGGUCUCAUCUUCACCCCUCUGAUUGGUUCAGCCAGUGACCGCUGCACGCUGCGAUGGGGACGACGCCGUCCCUUCAUCCUGGCACUUUGUGUGGGCGUGCUCUUGGGCGUGGCUCUCUUCCUCAACGGUUCACUCAUAGGUCUUGCUUUAGGAGAUGUGCCAAAUAACCAGCCGAUAGGGAUUGUAAUGACUGUUUUGGGGGUGGUGGUGUUGGAUUUUUGUGCUGAUGCGACCGAGGGUCCUAUACGAGCGUAUCUGCUGGAUGUGGCUGACACUGAGGAACAAGAUAUGGCCCUUAACAUACACGCUUUCUCUGCAGGGUUUGGUGGUGCGGUCGGUUACGCUCUGGGGGGACUCGAUUGGACUCACACUUUUCUGGGUCGGACCUUCAAAUCUCAGGAGCAAAUUCUGUUCCUCUUCGCUGCGUUUUUGUUCAUCGUGUCUGUUGCUCUGCAUCUCUUCAGCAUCGAGGAACAACAGUUCAGCCCUCAGCAAGAUCGUCUGGACGAUGAGGCCGAAACCGAAUCCAGCGUUAAAAUCCACAGCUCUCUCCUACAACAACCCCAGCUCGACAUGAUCCACGAAAACGAGCCUUACAACUCCUACGAUCAUUGCGACACUUACAUGGACAGACGCUCUGAACGGGACCUAGACAUGGACUUCCUGGACGUCGACAUCGUCCGCAGUAAAAGCGAUUCUGUACUGGCGAUGCCCGAUGCCACGCUGGGCCACCUGGAUCACGACAGCCUGUUCUUGUGCGCCAUCGAGCCCUCGAUCUUCCAAGACCGCGUUUCGUCCUACCACGGCUCACCUCCGCGCCGCAGCAGCAGUGCAGAAAGUCAAGAGUUUCUCCGAGGAAAAAACAGCCGGCUGUCAGCGUUCCUGCAACAGUCGGAGCGGGACGGUGAGGAGGCUCUGCUUAACAAUCAACCCGACCGAUCCAAGUCACCCAACGGCCAUGCAACAGACCCCAACGGCCUUAACGGACAGAUGUCACCCGGCGGCACGCACAUGAAACCCUCCAGCACCAAUGCCUCCAUGCGCCGCAGACGUCACAUCUUCUACCGACAGUCGUCCUGCACGUUUUCGUACUACGGCCGCGUCGGCUCCCAUCGAUACCGCUACCGGCGGGCCAACGCGGCGCUGCUCAUCAAAUCCUCCCGCAGUAUGAAUGACAUCUAUGAGAUUGAGAAACGACAGAAGCAGAGGAACGGCCAAAGAGCGAGACACCAGAGCGGGAACACAAACUCCAGCGGGGACACAGAGAGCGAAGAGGGGGAAGUUGAGACCACCGUUCGCCUCCUCUGGUUGUCCAUGUUAAAGAUGCCCAAAGAGCUCUUCAGACUGUGCAUUUGUCAUCUGGUCACCUGGUUCUCCAUCAUAGCAGAAGCUGUGUUUUACACUGACUUCAUGGGACAGGUCAUUUAUGAGGGAGACCCUAAGGCCCCAUUGAACUCGACAGCCCUGCAUAACUAUCAUAAAGGUGUACAGAUGGGUUGCUGGGGUCUGGUGAUCUAUGCGACCACUGCUGCGAUCUGUUCAGCUUUACUGCAGAAGUACCUGAAUAACUUUGACCUCAGUAUUAAGGUCAUAUAUAUCCUGGGCACUCUGGGUUUCACAGUCGGUACCGCUGUCAUGGCCAUCUUCCCAAAUGUCUAUGUUUCCAUGGUGAUGAUCAGUAGCAUGGGAAUAAUCUCCAUGAGCAUCUCGUACUGUCCGUACGCUCUACUGGGCCAGUAUCACGAAAUGAAAGAGUAUGUACAUCACAGUCCCGGGAACUCGAAGCGAGGUUUUGGCAUCGACUGUGCCAUCCUUUCGUGCCAAGUAUACAUCUCACAGAUCCUGGUGGCAUCAGCGUUGGGUGCGGUGGUGGACGCCGUUGGCUCUGUCCGGGUCAUUCCGCUCGUGGCCUCGUGUGGCUCUUUCCUAGGCUUCCUGGCAUCCUGGUUCCUUGUCAUCUACCCGGGGUCUAACGGAGAUGGUGACGGCUCGAAGGGCGAGCGGACGAAAGUGCUAUCGUCACCCAGUAAUGGAAAUUCGGAGAAACCCAGUUUUCUCAAGCUCACCCCAAAGGGAGCCACCGUCACAACCUGCAAAGCGGAGUGUGAAUCCACGCUGUGAAUGCAAUCCCAUUUCAUCAUUACUACAAACAUCAGCUAUACCAGCUCACCCGGAUGGGAGUUUUUUUGUUUUCACUGUUGGUUUGUUUAUUCGUCUGUCUGUUUUUGGCCUAGUGUAGUGAGUCUCAGGGCUGCGGUAGGGACAGGACAGAUGUCUUUCCCUCUCAGGGCCACCAGGGGGCGACUCUGGGCUAAACUAAACUCUUCAGGGGCGAGCGAGAGAAAGAGAGAGAGAAAGGUCGCAUUGAUUCUCUAUCGCUCUCAAUGACAUGAAUUUCCCUUUCUUUCUAAAGAAAUCUUAUCUAUUAUAAUUUAUUAUAUAACUUUUCAUUUAAUAACUGUAUCUAUUUGAUUUCCUGUCUUUUAACUGAUGUCCUAAUGGAGGACAUUACAAUUACCAAAAGUUGCUUAGUGCAAUAAUCACACACUGUAAAAAAUACUUUCUGCCUUAAAAAAUUUUGUUAAAUCAACUCAGAUUUACAAGUCAUUUCAACAGAGAUGAGUUGUCACAACUAAUAAAAUAUAGUUGAGAAAAGUCAACUUAAUUUAUAAGUUAUAACAACUCACCUGUAGUUAUAACAACUCAUCUCUAGUCAAGAUAAAUAAUAGUAAGUUGAAAUGACUUGUAAAUCUGAGUUGAUUCAACCAAAAAUUUUAAGGCAGCAAAGUAUUUUUUACAGUGCAGUUAUUUCAUUAUGAUGGCUUUAUGUCAGGUGUAUAAACAAGGUCAAACCUCAUGAAAACUGUCAUGUUUCACCCACAUUUGUACAUAGAGAGAUUUAUAUAGAGAGAGAGAGAGAGAGAAAAAGAAAGAGAGAAAUGUAUAUAUAGGCAGAAAAACACAGAGAGAAGAUAAAUAAUGUUUUUGGGACCAUUAAGGUUUUGUUAUUUUAUGAUAGAUCAGCACUGUUUACUUCAAACUCUUAUUUGUGUUAAAAUCUUAUUCUUAUUAUCACAUUACAGUCAGCAAAACCUGCUUUGUUUUUUAUUUCUAUUGCAUUAUUUAGCUUAUAUGUGCAUUACAGGUUUUCUGAAUUUACAUGAGAAUUUGGUAAGAGAGGUUUACAAAAAUAAUAAUGAAAGUGCACAGAAUGAUAAUGGGACUAACAAUAGGCUUUAUUUUCUUCAUGCAAAUAUAUUUUAUCUCUCUUUUGGGUGUAACAUGACUUAUUUCUUGACACUUUAUGAGAUUGACCUAAAUGAAUGUGGUUUUCUGGUUUCUGGAUGAGUGUACAGUAAAGUACCGUACAGGUGAAAACCGCAAAAAAUGACUUUCUUACUUAAUAUUUUUGUCUUGUUUUCAGUAGAAAUAUCUUCUUAAAUCAAGACAUAUUUUCUUGAAGUGCAACAUUUCUUAAGAAAAUAAGUCUAGUUUUUAGACAAAAAAAUACAAUUUAAGUGAAUGUGUGCUUAAAACAAGCAAAAAUAUCUGCCAAUGGUGUGAGAAAUUUUUUUCUUGAAUUGUGUUUAAUAAAAAAGUAAACUUAUUUCAAGAUUUUUUCUUUACAUUAUUGGCAGAUAUUUUUGCAAGUUUUAAGCACACUGUUGCGCUUUUCAACCACAUGGGGGAGCUGUAAGUCAUUUUUACAUGGAAACUACAUAGUGUUGCUUUAAAGGUGAAAUACUUUUCCCUUCUUUUUCUUCAUGAAUCUUUGGCCUCUUCUUCAGUGAAUGUCCUAAGACGGUCCUUUCACAAGGACACAAGCAAUGCUGAGAACGAUUGCAAAUAAUCUCAAUGCUGCAUUAAAGUUUAUGCUCAAACACCAAACUGAAACACAGAAACAAUUUUAACUUGAGAGUUUUUAAGAUUAAGAUCCGUUCAUCUUGACAGACUUUCGAGUUUUAAUAUCUUCUACUGUAAUUUUCAUCUGCUGUAUAAUUGCACAUUUGGAGACGCAGGUUUAUUGCAGUGCCUGUGCAUACGUCUCAUUUGAAAAGUGUUUGGGAUUUUUGAGGUCAACGCCUCAAACUUUCUGCAUUUAUUUUUCUUAACUCUCGGAGGAUUAACGCUCUGUUUACAAUGACACCUGAUCACUGCAUGUUUGGGGAUGAGAUGCGCGCUUGCAUCAUCAUCAUCUCCACCAUUUUGGCCUUUUUUCCGGCCCUUGGUGCGCUCGUACAGUUCUCUGAAACUGAUGAAGAUUGUGCCAGACUCCGUUAUUACACCGCAAGUGAUCCUGAGGGGAUUUUUUCUGCUGUGAGCGGUGAAGGGUCUGCUGGUUUAUUUCUAUAUUUAACUUUACUGAACCAGAGAUUACUGUAAAUUGAAAAUGAAGACGUCUAUACUGCUUCCUGUUUCACAGGCUAGAUGAUCCGUCAUCCCGUGGAAAGGACAUUUAUUGAACUGGCUUUAACCUUUAUAGAGUAUUAAAAUUAGAACGAUAAGCUGAUUUUUUUUCUGGGAUGUUUAUUGAAGAAAAACUUUUUUGAGAAACCAUCCUGACAAAUCAAAGUUGCAAUACGUGCACCUGCCUCAGAAAGUGUUGGCAUUACCGUGGUGAAUCCCUGAGGUUUGGUACUCGAGAACACGCAGGACUUUUUUAUUUGAAUACUUGAAGUGCAAUCUUGGUUGUGUUUGGAUAUUUUUGAGCGAGUGCAUUUACUCCUUCAGACCUCGAAGUAAAGACUCUGGAAUGUUGGGAUUGUUGAGCCGGUUUGGACUCUUGACACUGUUUUGGACUUUCAUCAGUGCUUUAAGUUCCCAGUAUUGAAUGUAACUUUUGUUUGUUUGUUUGUUUGUUUGUUUGUUAAGAUAAGAAGUUUCACUGUUGCACAGAUCUUGCACAUACAAAGUUUUAAAAGAAAAUGAAUCACUAUCUUGCAAUAGAAAAAAAAACUUAAAACUGUGGUUAUUUAUUUUUAAAGCGCUUUAUUCUUAAAUAUUUAAGGAAAUUAUAUAUACAGAGAAAGAUAUAUUUACUCUUGUAAAAAAUGUAAGAGUAGAGAGGUGUGUGUGCACAUGCGUGUGCGUGUGAAACAGACAGACAGAGGUAUGCAAGCAUGUCUAUACUUGCAUGAUUGUAUGAGCACCAUGUCUGUGUGCAUGUUUGUGUGUCUCUGUGAGGGUGUGUGUGUGUGUGUGUGAGAGAGAGAGAGAGAGAGAGAGAGAGAGAGAGAGACAUAUAGAUGUAUGCAAGAAUGUCUAUACUUGCAUGAUUGUAUGAGCCCCAUGUGUGUGUGUGUGGGGGGGGGGGGGUGAGAAAGACAGACAGACAAGAAUGGCAGAUGUAAGCAAGCAUGCCUAUAUUUGCAUGAUUGUGCGCGUGUGUAUGUGUGUGCGCGUGUGUGUGUGUAAGAGAGAGAGAGAGACAGACAGAUGUAUGCAAGCAUGUCUAUUUGCAUGAUUGUAUGAGCAACGUGUGUGUGCGUGUGUGUGUGCGUGUGUUUGCAUGCGUGUGUGCGUUUCACAUCUCACUCUUAGGGUAAAUCUCAUGAAAACACAACCAGGUCAUUUCACUACAAAUCAAAUAAAGAUGUUUUUGUUCAAUACUGUUUCUCAUUAGAUUCCUGUUCCAGUAAUGAAGUGUUUUCGUGAUCUUGUGUUUUAUUUUCUGUUAGGUGAAAUAUGACCUGUAAGUUUAAUGAGAUUUAACCUCUUACAAUCAUCUUCAGUUUACAAUUCACAUUUCACUUUAGCAAAAGGUCAUACUGUAAAGCAGAAAUCCUCUGAAACAUGAGCGGUUGUGUUUGAGAGAAAUCUCUCAUUCGUCAGUUUGAAUGCAGUUUUCCUUCAAUGCAUAAUGAAAGAGAAAAUCUUGCAGUGUACCAUAUGCCUUGUCAUUUUAAAGAUGUAUAUAUAGUUUCAUUUGCUUCUGUACAAAAGCGGAUUAUUUUUUAUUAGUUUUAUUUUCUAUAAGGACUGUAUAUAAAUCAUGUACAUACUGUAUGCCUGCAGAUAUAGAAGAAUUACACUGUACUGAAUGCACCUUUAAAGAAUUUAA